CAAGCGUUACUAGUCCAUUGAGCGUCGUAAUUAAGCUCCAGCAAAUACAUACAUUAUUGAUAGAAAUGGCAAAAUCAAAAUCUUACACAAUAUUUGUUGCUCUCCUUUUCUGCUUCCUCAUUUCAUCCACAGAUGCAUGUGCUCCAGCAGCUGCUCCAAGUCCAAUAGAGAGUGGGAGUGAAGGGGGUGAAGAAAAUUUGUGCGAAAAGAUGAGUAUAACGUGGUCUGGGCAGUGCUUCAUUAGCGGCAACUGUAACGACCAAUGUAAGAAUUUAGAAGGUGCGGUAUACGGGGCUUGUCACUGGAAUGGCUUGGCUGGAUUUUCUUGCUACUGCUAUUUCAACUGCUGAUUCCAUCCAAUUCAAAUUCAAAUAUAUAUUAUACAUAAUUCCCACCCCAUCCAUUUCUUCCAAUAAAACUGUGCAAUAUUUCUAUCAUCACAAUCAAUUCUACUUGAUUGGCACAAAGUAAUAAUAUGUAUUAUAUUGUAUGUGUGUCUGAUUUUUAUUUUUAUUUUUUCUUAUUUUAUGUAUAGCCUAAGUCUUUGGUGGGUUGGUGGUACGUAUAGUAUAAUAUAAUAUAAUGUGUGUACUGUGUUCUCUAUUU